CCUGUCAGUGUCCAUCAGUGCCAGCAGUCAGUGCUCAUCAGUGCCACAUCAAUGCCACAUAUCAGUGCCUAUCAGUGCAGCCUAUCAGUGCCCAUCACUGCAGCCUCGUUAGCGCACAUCAAUGAAGGAGAAAAAUCACUUAUUUACAAAAUUGUAUAACAAAAACUAAGAAAAAACUUUUUUCAAAAUUUUCAGUGGUUUUUUUGGUUUGUUUAAGAAAAAAUAAAAAUCCCAGAGGUGAUUAA